GUGCUAACAGAGCCACAGCCAGGCUGCCCGCUUCCUAACGAGCUUCUACCGACUCGCCGCUCCGCUGCAGGUUCAUUUCUGUUCAAUCUGUUUAUCCAAAACAGCUCGCUUCCUUCCUGCUCCUCGCUCUGCUGUUGAAGCCGUGACCUCUCCAAUAUGGCCGCCCUGUUCGGCUGCGGGGAAGCGGAAGUAUGGAGGAGAGUUUACGAGAAGUACUGGGACGUGGUAGAGGCGACGGCCAAAGCCAAGAAGCCGAAACUACUGCAGCUUGACAAAUGCUUUAAGGCUAGCUGUCUGAUCAGGUACCAGGAGGAAUUGCCGGCGCUGAUUUUGAGUCGACCCGACAAACACAUCACUCUGUCAGAGCUGAAGAUGCUAAUGGAGUGGAAGCUAACGAGGGGGAAGUUCAGGCCGAGGCUGCAGCAGCUGGCGGCCUCCAACGGCGAGGACGCCGUCCAGAAACGCUCCAGAACGGCGCUGGGCCUCCUGCCCGACGUUCCGGCGGCCAUCGCUGAGCUCAGCGGCCUGAAAGGCGUCGGCCCCGCCACAGCCUCAGCGGUGUUGGCAGCAGCGGCUCCGGCUCUGACUGCGUUCAUGUCUGAUGAAGCAGCGGAGAGCGUUCCUGGGCUGCAGCCCGUCCAGUACACCGCCAAGCACUACGCCCUCUACCUGGACAAAAUGGCCGCCCAGGCUGCCAAACUAAACCGAGUGGAUCCGCAGCAGGACUGGACGCCUCACAGGCUGGAGUUGUGUUUGUGGGCGACGGCGACCAAGCUGCAGCUUCCUGUUCUGGAGGAUCUGAAGGGCGGCGACACGCAGACCUCAGACUGCGACCAGAGGCCAACCAAGAAACUUAAAACUGCUUAAAAACACGGCGACGUUUGUGAAGUUAGUCAGUAAAUUACAAUUUGGGUUAUUUAGCCUGAUACAAGAGGAUUCAUUUUACAAAAUCCAUAUUUUCACAAUGUUAUUCACUUAUAAAAGUCACAGUUUCUAACUAAAUACUCCAUUUACACUCUAAAUAUUUAGGUGACAAACUAAAUAUUUAUUGUGGAGCCAAAUCUUUCUUACUAAAUAUUUUGCUCCAAACAAAAUAUUUGAUCAAACUGAAGUUAGUUAGCUAAAUAUUUAUCUUGCUGACUGUAUGUUUAGUUUGUAAACUAGUUAGUUAGCUAAAUAAAUGUUUCUUUAAAUAUUCACCUUGCUCAAGUUAGCUAAGUAUUUAGCUUGCUCACUAUUUAGUUAAAUAGUUAGCUAGCUACGUAUUUAUACAGUUUAGUUUGCGAAGAAAAUAUUUAGUUUGAAGCGAAAUAUUUAGCUUGCUAGCUAAAUGUUUUAUUUGCAGCUAAGUAUUUAGUUUGAAACUGACAUUUAUAAAUGAAUUAAUUACAUGGUGGAAAAUAAACUCUGAUUUUUUCUUUUUUUAAAAGCUAAAUAACCCAAAUUAUUUAAUUUCUGACUAACUUUACAAACCACACUUACAAAUCUCCAAACUGUAAAGGAUGUCUAAAGGUUUUUAAUUUUGUAUCUUUUAUAUUUGCAGAAAGAAUAAAGUUUUCUUUAUGGAAGAAAGUA